CGACGGCUUGAAAGUAUGUUUCACUAUCCUAAAAUGUACCAAACAGUAGAAAAUUGUGAAACAGCAACAGGUGGAAUUCCAAGUUUUAUUAGAGUUUGCUGUUCAUUUGCUUUUUGAUUGAUGCAAAUCUGCCGGAUUUUUUCUUUUUACAGAGAGAAUCAACGUGCAAUGAUGAGUCCAGUUCAAGGUCUGAACCUAGGUGACAGUUUCUAUGAUUUUCCUUCAUUUGAGGACAGAUCCGUCUCAUUCCAUGACGAUGUCUCUGCCAUUACCAGAUUUGAAGACGAAGAGACAGAAUAUGAAGAGGAAUUCCAACUUUAUUCUCCCACGGGUCGCCCCAAAAGAAAACGGGUGAUCACAUAUGCUCAGCGCCAAGCUGCCAACGUAAGAGAAAGAAAGCGGAUGUUUAACCUCAACGAAGCCUUUGAUUUGCUCCGAAAAAAGGUACCCACUUUUGCCUAUGAAAAAAGACUUUCCAGAAUCGAGACGUUACGCCUUGCCAUAGUAUAUAUAUCCUUCAUGACUGAACUGCUGGAAACCCCUGAAAAUAAAAAAUAGGAUGUGUGACGGUGGAGCCAGUGCCUAUGCUAAAACAGAUACAUUCAAAGGAAAACCUGUUUAUGAAUCAACAGUAAAAGCUAGGUGGGUCCUUUCCCUUUAUCUUUGGCCAUUCUAGCUUUAAAUUAAGAUACUCGUAUGGGAUAGUGUUAAUACAAGAAGGGGAACCGAGAAGAACAGAGUACACAGACCUAUGUACUAAUAGUAAACAUAAAUCUUUUUAAAUUCUACUAUUCUACAUAAAAAAAAUAAUAUGGUAUAUUUUGUUUAAUAUUGGAUUUCAGUAUAUUAAAAUCAUGUAUCUAUUAUCUAUCUGCUUUAGUAGAUAAACUGUAAAAAUCAGAGAGACUUUAUGUCGGGUGGACUGUUAAAAGUGUAUGUUGUAUAAAAAUUAAAUGAUAUUUUAAUUGUAAUCACAUUUCGGCAACCAUUACUCAUUCCAAUGACAAGAGUGCCUUAAUAAUUAGCUCCUGGGUAAAAAAAAAGUUAGGAAUCAUUUGAAAAAGAAAUGUAAUGAAAAUAAUGAAACCAUAUUAAAAUAAUCA